AUGUCUUCGCAGCAGCCUCAGCUCAACAUCGACCGCUACGUCGUGAUCCAUGUUGCGACUACCUGCGAUGAACACGGCGUCUACGUUACCAAGGAUUCCGCCGAAGUCAUUGAGCUUGGAUGGAUUCUCCUUGAUGCUAACAGCCUGGAGGAGAUCACCCACGAAAGCGUCCUUGUCAAGCCUGUCAAUACUCCCAUCACCCCGCUAUGCACGAGCCUAACGACUCUGACCUGGGAACACGUUCGAAAUGCCGGUACUUUUAGGGAUGCUAUCAGUCGAUUCGACACGUUUGCUACCGAGUAUCUGACAUCCAAGAACCUCGACUUUGUCUUCGUCACGCUCGAUGCCUGGGAUCUUCGAGUUCAGCUCCCGCGAGAGGCUCGCGACAAGGCCGUCGUGCUGCCUCCCUAUCUGCAGCACUCUCGCACCUUCGACCUGCGAACUGAAUACCAACGCUGGCAACAGCACCACCCAGAGUCUCUGCCGUUCGGCCCCUCGAUGCUGUCAAACAUCUGCGCUGCUCUCGAGGUCGAGCCGGUCCAGUCCAGUGCACCAAUUAAGCAUAACUUGCCUUUCCACCUGCAGGCUCUGGCUCCCGCCUCUCCCCGCCGCGCAAUGGAAGAGGCCAUCACCUUGGCCCGCGUUCUCCGUGGCUUGAUUCGCAAGUCUCAGCCCGCCCAGGAACACCCCGAUGUGUUGACUCGACCUAUGGAUGCGAGGGCAGAUGUCCGGGCGUUCCUUUCCGAGAGGAGCAAGGUUUUGCACAUGUCUGGCCUGCCGCAUGAUACUACGCAAUCCGAGCUGGAGAGCUGGUUUACCCAGUUUGGUGGUCGUCCCAUCGCUUUUUGGACUCUUCGAACCCCCGAGCAGCACAAGCCCACUGGCACAGGUUUUGCUGUUUUCUCAUCUCAUGAAGAAGCUGCUGAGAGUUUGUGUAUGAACGGACGUGCGCUGAACGAAAAGGCUAUUGAAGUUUCUCCUUCUUCUAGCCGUGUAUUGGAUCGAGCUCAAGAUAUUUUGACACCCUUCCCGCCGAGUAAGAACCGUCCUCGACCUGGUGAUUGGACUUGCCCCUCUUGUGGCUUCUCCAACUUCCAGCGCCGCACAGCUUGCUUCCGUUGCUCGUUCCCUGCUGUUGGAAGCGGUGCCCCUGGAGACAUGGGCCCCGGCGGCUACCCAUACCCAUACGGCCCCCCUGCCAUGAUGACCCCUCCUCACCAUGGUGGUCACCACGGUCCCAUGGGUCACGGUGGACGGAUGGGCGGUGGCGGCGUUGUGCCCUUCCGUGCCGGUGACUGGAAGUGUGGAAACGAAGUCUGUGGAUACCACAACUUCGCCAAGAAUGUCUGCUGUCUUCGCUGUGGCGCCAGUCGUGCUGGUGCUGCCGUUGUUGCGGAUUCUGGCUACCCCUCCCCGAUGGAUAACGGCUCGCAGUAUGGCAUGAGCCAGGGUUCGAUGGCUGGUACGCCAGGUCCUGGCCCGUUCUCUUCUGGAGGAUCCUUUGGACCGGGAGGCGGCUACGGUCAACACUUUGGCGGCCCCCCCAGCCAUUUCCUUCCCUCGGGAUUGGGUGGUGGCGCCGGCGGCUAUCCGGGCUCUCUUAACACGCAGGGCUUCGCUUCCGCCCCCGGCUCGCAUUCUGCAGGCCCCUUUGAUAGUAGGGCUGCCGAGGCGGCUUUCCAGUCUGCGACCAACGGUCCCGUCUCUGGUGGGCCAGGCAACAACUUCUACAACAACGGCAACCCUGGCAACGAAAACGAUCCUUUUGCCUUCCUGAGCAGCGGCAUCGGUGGCCUCUCUGUCAGCGGCGACGCUCGCCAGAACGGUGCCGGUACUACUCCUAACAAGUCACCCGCCUAG